AUGAAGGUUGGGGACGAAUACUUCAAUAUUGAAUGGUUUUUAGGUGGUGAUUGGAAAUUCCUGGCAUGCGUUUGUGGCCUUGGUGCAGCAAUCUCCACUCAUCCUUGGAUCUGGUGCAAAUGUCCUUUGUACGACAAGUAUGAUGGAACCAAAGAAUGGUCAAUGGUAGAUACCAAUAAAGGUGCCCGGAAAUCAAGGAAAUGAAGAAAAAUCUAAGCAAGGAUCCCGGGGGGAAAAGUGCAAUGUAAAACAUUCCCCUUUAUUCCCUACAAUACCCCUUGAUCAUGUUGUCAUCGAUAGCCUACACCUUUUCCUACGCAUAGCAGAUAAUUUAAUCAAUUUACUAAUUUUAGAGUUUCGGAGACUAGAUGCUAUUGACAAAAAGAAAACUUUCAAUGAUGGCUUUGAGCGAUCCAAAUACACCCAUAUGGCUGGAUGGGAAUCUUAUUUAAAUGAUCAUCUAAAAAUACCUUUUAACUGGUAUGUCUGCAAAGAUUCCAAGAAGUUGAAAUGGCGUGACCUUACUGGCCCAGAGAAGGUAAAAUUGUUUAGAAAUGUUAACAUUUGUAACCUCUUACCAAACCACCCUAAGAAAGAUGAGAUCUCUGAGUUGUGGAGCAAGUUUUGGGAGAUCACAGAGUCGUUGAGUGCAGCUAGUUCUGAAAUUAACAAAGAACAGUUUCACCAGAAAUCCAAAUCAUUUCUGGAUUUAUUCUUAAACCUUUAUCAAACAAAACAUGUUACUCCAUACAUGCAUGCAUUCACAUGGCAUGUACCUGAAUUUAUUGAACUAUAUGGUACAAUUUCAAUCUUUACGCAACAAGGGCUGGAAAAGCUGAACGACAAGACAACAAAAGAUUUUUUUCGGUCUACAAAUCAACGAGGGCUGGAAUCUUUAAAACAACUUGUACUAAAGAGAAAUCGAGUUGAGCAUUUGGCAGAUAUUGGUUGCCAGCGAGAGAAAAGAGUUGUCAACUGCAGGAAUUGUAAUAAAGCAG